AUGGUAUAUUUCUACACAGCAAAGUCUGACGAAGGUUGUGAAUACUCUAUUGUUGUUGGGAAGGAUAAGUUCGAAAACGAUUUGCUGAUAAAAUAUGGCUACAAGGACUUGAAUUAUUACUGGUUCCAUGCAGACAAAUAUUCAAGCGGACAUGUUUACUUAAAGCUAUUUGAUGGCGAGUGCGACCUUCGUAAUGUUCCUAAAGAAGUGGUCCGUGACUGUCUACAGCUGUGCAAGUCCAAGUCAAUCCAAGGAAAUAAAUUACCGCAAUGCACGAUAUUAGCGACGCCUUGGAUAAAUCUACGGAAAAGUGGAUAUAUGAAGCCAGGCGAGGUGUCCUUCAAAUCAAUGAAGAAGAUUAACAAGUUGGAGUGCUAUGGAAGAGAAAACCAGGUAUUGAACCGACUGGACAAGACGAAAGUCGAGGUUUUUGACAACGUUGAGGAGCUACUCCACCAAGCAAAGAAGGAGAAAGAUCCGGAGUUCUUUGUAAACUUCAUUUCUCAGAACAGGGAGUUACUUGCAAUCCAAGAGCAAGAAAGAAAGUCAGCAAAAAAGGCCAAAAAACAAAAAAGCAAGACUGGGCCUGAUUUCGAAGUUUCCGGGCCGUAA